AUGACGUGGCACAAAGGGAAUAUUUUUAUUAGGCCCGUACCGAAUAAUUACAUUCGUUAUUUUGUGUGUGUGUUUGUUUUGUUCUCAUCUUUACGCAAUUCCUACCGCCAUCAAAAAAAGCCAAAUAGCAAUUCGCUUUUACGACGCGGUCGACGAUGUCAUGAUUCGCUCUUCUUCUACGGCGGAAUCUUUGUCCUUCUUCGAUCGCACAACCCUAAUCUCUCCGAUCGCUGCCGAACACGGCCGCUACUCCUCCGGAGAGACUCCGCUGAUGUGAUUUCCGCUGGUUGGAUUGCCUUGGCUGGUGGAUUUUGGGGUGUUCGCCUCGGGAUGGGUUGCGGAGGCUCCAAGCUCCAGGAGGAGGCCGCGGUGUCUCUCUGCCGCCAGCGAUCCCAGCUCCUUGCCGAGGCCAUCCGUUAUCGAUACGACCUCGCCGACGCUCACGCCGCCUACGCUCGAUCCCUCCAAUCCGUCGCUGUCGCCCUCCAUGAGUUCCUAUACGGCACCCGGCCGCCCCAUCAGGCAUCCCCCGUCCUCCCACUACCUUCCCAGAGGAAAGGUGAUCCUGUUCCGCCAUUCACGCCCUCACCCCUCCCCGCCGCCGCCGCUGCAGCGGCUGUGUCCCUUCCCUUCGCCGCUGUCCACGGCCACUCUCAAUCUCACUCUGGUUCGCACAUCAAUUUCCACCCCUCCGAUUCCGACUCGGAUGAUAUUUCUCCAUUUCACUCGGAUGGAGGUUCUCCGCUUCACCACCUGCCCGCGGAUGACUCUGCCGCCGUUGGGAAAACCUACGUCAACCUUAACUAUGCGAAAAAGGGCCCGAAGUCGUCCGUCACCCACGAGCAGCAGCCUCCAAAUUCCGAGCCGGUGCGUUUUGGCUCCGUCGAUGAACCAGCUUCCGUGGCUGGCCCUUAUUAUGGCUACCCAUAUCCUCCUCAAAAUUCCAACUUUUACCCUUCCUAUCCUUCUUACCAAUCACACAUGAACUACGGGGAUGGGAUGAGUGGUGGGUUCUUUGGUUUCUCUUCGCCACCUCCAAACAUUCCACCACCAGCCAUGGCAGCAAGUGGGAGUCCUACUUCCCGGGAGCCUCCACCGCCUCCAACUUCUACGGCUUCAGCAUUCGACUUUUUGAACCCAUUUGAAUCGUUUGAUAAUUAUUUUGCGCCAUACUCGCCUAGACGUAGCUCAAGGGAGUUGAGAGAGGAGGAAGGGAUCCCUGAUCUAGAAGAUGAAGACCGGGAGGUAGUCAAGGAAGCAUAUGGCGAUCCAAAGUACACAGCUUCCACAUCAGCCUCUGCGAAUGGUGCGAAUGCAACGUACUCCGGCAAGACUGCUAGGCGAUCAAAAGAAGUUGAGAUAAACAGUGCUGAUGAUGCUUCCCAACGAAAGGCUAAGCCAGUGGAGGCAGGGAGCAGCUCGGAGCAUGAGAUUCACAUGAUUGAGAAGAGUGUGGUGGCUGAACCUGCAGAGCGGCGCUCUGCAGGAUUUACAGUUUCCCGAAAUUACCAGAAUGAUUCUGAGAUCGUACAAGAGAUAAAGACUCAGUUUGAUAGGGUUUCGCAAUCGGUUGAGCAGGCGUCCAAGAUGCUUGAAGUCGGAAAAACUCUAUAUCAGAAAAAAAAAUCUUCUCACAAAGUUUCUGUCAGGAGGAUGAUAUGCGGGUUGUCUCUAACUUCGACCAAUGCAGAUCUGUCAUAUGAAGAAGAUGACAGUCUUUCAUCAACAUUGCAGAAACUCUACAGUUGGGAACAAAAGCUUCUUGCAGAAGUCAUGGAUGAAGAAGAGAUGAGAGUUCAAUAUGAAAGAAAACGUCAAGACUUGAGGUACUUGAGUGAAAGGGGUGCAGAAGCUGAAAAGCUUGAGGCAGUUGAAACUUCCAUCAGAAAGUUAUCUACAAAGAUAAGAAUAUCCAUUCAGGUUGCGGGCACAAUUUCAAAUAAAAUUAAUCAGCUAAGGGAUGGAGAACUCUGGUUACGAGUCUGUGAAAUUAUCAAUGGUUUUGAAGAAAUGUGGAGAGUCAUGUCAGAAUGCCAUCUUAUUCAGCAUCAAGCAAUAUCCCAAGCACAAAACCUAGACUCUGCUGUGCCUGGAGGAAAGCCUCCUGAUGCUUUGGAGACAAUAAAGCAUUUAGAAUUGGUUAUGGCUGAAUGGAUUGCCAAUUUCUCUAUUUGGGUUACCGCUCAAAAGAUGUAUGUCAACGCUUUGAAUGGAUGGUUAAGGAAAGGUAUAGCUUAUGAGCCUGAGGUUACUGAUGAUGGAGAGGUUCCUUUUUCUCCUGGGAGAUUAGGUGCACCCCCUGUAUUCGUUAUCUGCAAUUACUGGUCCUCCAGUAUAGAUAUGGUAUCUGAAAUGGAAGUUAUUAAAGCAGCACAGUCAUUUAUCGAUAAUGUCCUAAAUAUAUGGAAAAAGCACAAAGCUGUGCAGCAGCAGAGGCAGUUAACAAAUAAAGAUAAGAAUAGCAAACUAAGGUCAAUUGAAAUGGAAGAACAAGAACUGCUUAAACAGAGAAAGAAAUUACUUACAAUUUCUAGCGAGAACAAGAUGCCAACAAUUGAACAUGAGGAUCGUGGGCCGACUGUCAUAAGUUUCCAGUCAAGUCUGGGACAUGUCUUUGAAGUUGUGGAAAAUUUUUCUGCUAAUACCAUGAAAUUAUAUCAGGUUCUUAACAAGCAAACUGAAGAAGAGAAACAAAGAUUGGCUGGAGAGGAUGCAAGAGGGUCGUAGGAUUAUGCAUCACUUUAUUGAGUUUUCAUUUGGUUGGCCUCCCUGAGAUUUUACAAAGUCUGAAAGCCUGAUCUUCUACCUUAUAUUGAAAAGGCAAAGCAAUUCAUGUCAUGGAUAAACAGGCCUUACAAGUGAAUUGUGGGGAGGCCUGACAAGUGAAGUGACUCAUUGGCUAUGAAGCACAGACACUAACUUAGGAAUGAACACUUGAUAAAAAUUAAAUUCCAUACAGUAAAUUGUUUAAGGAUGGAUAGCCAAGAAUGAUGACAGGUGUUCCGAAUGGAUUCUAUGCCCUUCCUAAGCAAGGAAUGAAAUCAUCUUGGUACUGGAUCCAAAUUUGCCAGCAUAGUGUAUGACAACAGAUGCUUGGUGGAAAAGUGAACGAGUCAUUUGACAUAGCUACGAGUUAGCUCCAUUUCAUAUGUUUGCAGUGGUAGGGGUAUGCAUUUGAGUAUUGAAUGGGCUUUGGAGUUUCUGAAAAGCAACCCAGAAUCAUGGAGUGAACUUAGGCUGAAUGGUUCUGGAAUGAUGUUGAGUGACGACAUAAAUACAUCAAACAGCUCUGAGUGAUCUGAGGUGAAAGCCCAAUCAUUCAUGAUUAUUUUGACUGGCAAGUUCUGAGAAGCUGUCUUUGCGGUAGUAUGGGGAGCAAACAUCUGGAGAACAAUUUCCAUGCUCCAAGCCUGCAGGUACCAAUAUGUUCUUGUCAUCUCUUUAUUAUUCGGCAGUCACAGUUUGAAAAUGGAACAGAUAAUUUGAUACCAACGCCCGAGUUCACAUUUGUUCAAUCAUUAUUCAGUUUAUUGUCGUAGCAAGACAAAUACUACAUGCUUCAGAGUCCACCUGUUUGUUACAGUCUAGACGUUGCGGUACUCUAAGCCAAGAGUGUUUUCGAGUAUAUGUUGCCACUUAUGCUGCUGUUGUUGCUGCAUCACGAUGAGCUUGGUGCAGUGUAAGAUGUGAACAUUUGCCGCAAACACACUUUCUACCUCUCAGAUGGCAGCACAUCAUUAUCUGUUCCUGGUGCAUUAGGGUAUACAGGUUGCAGGGACACAAAUUUCGAACCAACAUAUUUCAGUUUGCAAUCUCAUGUAUAGGCACUAGUCAAGGCAUGUUGAGUUCUUUAUCUAUAGAGUGAGGGUCGAUUGCGCUGGUUGAAUGAAUCCGGAAUGGAACGAAAAGCUAAUCUUAUUGUUGAUUAAUAUUAGUUUCAAUUCUUGUAAAUAUCAUUUGUUGUAUAUAUCAUGGUAGAAUUCUUGUUCCAAGUGUUAGACAUUAGAAUGAAGACGAAGUCGCCAUUCAUGUGGGGUGAAAUAACUCAUCAGUUGUCAAACACGUCUUUGCCUGUACUACAAUGAAUGGAUGAAAUGAUGAAGAUGGAUGAAACAGGUGUCUGAAUUUUGAUUUAUGUAUU